AAAAAUAAAUAAUAAUUCAAAAAAUAACAAAAAAAAAUAACAGAAAAUAAUAACAAUAGCAAGUUAAGAAAAAUGAGGAGCUGCUGUUGUGCGAAUAAAACCAGAAAACAACAACUAUGACGCAUCAAAAUCAUCAGACAAACGGCGCAAGUUUGGAGGAUUGCCAUACAAACUUUUAUGCGCUGACUGAUUUAUGUGGAAUAAAAUGGAAAAAGUUCGUUAAGGGAGAGCGACCGAACGCUUCGAGCGAUCCUUUAACGGACCCCAUCCUGCGCUCUUAUUCGCGAUGCAUCCAGGCGGAUAUGCUGUGCGUGUGGCGGCGUGUCCAGUCAACGAAGCAGGACAACACCGACCAGAAUGCCUUAUGCUUCGAGAUCACCACCUCGACCAAGGUCCACCCGCCCCUCUCGCUGGCCGCCGCCAAGGAGCUGUGGAUCUUCUGGUAUGGCGAGGAACCCGAUCUCAGCCAGUUGGUGGACGCUGAGCUUAUAAGAGAAGCGGCCAACCAAGCUCUGUGGAAUGGCACCUGGAAAGGAGCCCUCACCUACGAGUGCCGAUCGCUGCUCUUCAAGGCUCUGCAUAAUCUCAUGGAGAGAUUUGUCCUGACCAAGGAUAUUGUGCGAUUUGGGAAGUGGUUUGUGCAGCCCUGCACUUCCAGCGAUCGUCUUUUUGGAAGAAGCUCCCAGCAUUUGUCGUUCUCAUUCACGUUCUUUGUGCAUGGGGACACCGUUUGUGCCUCCAUCGAUCUGCGAGAGCAUCCCGCCGUGCGGCCGCUGACGAAGGAGCACCUGGCCGAGGCGGCGGCCGCCUUUGCUGCCGCCAGUGCCCCACCCGGAUCGGGAUCAGCCACCGCGCCAGGGGCAGCGGGUGGGGCGGCGGGUCCUAAUCCACCCAGUCAAGACCCCAAUGGAAUGGAGGAUUCGAGCGAGGGUGGUGGAGCUGCCAAGGCCACGCCACCGGCGCAUCCGCGCAAGGUGAUGUUAGCCCCGUUCGGAAUCGCAGCCAUUCUCACUGGCAACAGCUACAAGGCCAACGAUCCUAUGGCCGAGAAGAUCCUCGAGGACUGGGCCUCGUUUUUUCCGCUGUGCAAUAAGGACAACACGGACUUGCCUCCCGUCGUGGAGGUGGUGUCGGGUGGUCAUAAGAUGUAUCAUCCUACGAACUACGUACUAGUCACCGACCUGGACGACAUGGAGCACAUGGAACACAUGGCCGAGAUGCAGAAAAUGCAGAUGCAUAACGCCGCUGGCCAUGGUGGCUCCGAAGCAGCCGCUCUGGCUCACUCACUCUCCUGCCCACCAGUUGCCGGAGCAGCGGCUCCUGUUGCCGGCACGGCACCUGGUACGGCAGUGCCAGUGGGUCCUGCAUCUGCCUCUGCCGGCAAGGAGGCAUCCCGCAAGACGGCGCCCCAAGCGGUCAGCGCUCUGGAACGUCUCUCCUUCCAACCCUACUACGAUCAACGGCCCACCUCGGGCUUCACCUUCAACACCAACAAUACUCACAUCCCGGCAACGGCGGCGGUGGAAAUGCCGGAACGCACCUGGCAGGAUUGCAUCAUGAAUACCCUGCAUGUGGAUGCGGCUGCUGCGGCAGCAUCGGCACGAUCAGGAGCUGGAUCAGAUGCCACAGCCACGGGCGAGGAGGAGGACAACAAGCAACAGAUCCAGCAGCAACUCCAACAGCAGCAACAGCAGCAGCAGCGCCACAAGCUCUGGAACUUUGUGGAUCCCAUGCAGAAGGCGCCCUGUACAUGCACCAACGCCCAAUGCAGCAGCCAUCACAACAACAACAACAACAGUAGCAGCAGCAGCAACAACAACAACAACAUUAAGAGGCAACAACAACCGCUGGGUUCACCAGCUCUCAGAACAGCUGUGGCCAAUGUUAGUGGCAAUAAGUCAUCAUCCUACCAGCAACAUUACCACCAACAACAACACCAACACCUCCACCAGCAACUGCAACAGCGACCGGGAACACCUGUGUCGAUGGCAGCAGUAGCAGCAGCCACAUCAUCGCAUCAUUCCAGUUCCAGUUCCAGUUCCCUGAGCAACACUUCCACUUCAAGCUCUUCCGCGUCAGCUAUGCGGCGUCACAAUGUGCCGUUCCACAAGCGUUUGUCUGCAACAUCGGCAACUGCAACAGCAACAUUUAGACCCAAAACCAACAAUAACAACAACAACAACAACAACACUACAACAGACACCAAUAUACCAAAACAAAGACAUCUGGGAAAUACACCUCACGGAACGCCACAUGGUGGAGCUUCGACGUAUUCUCGGAAUUCCCUGGGCGGUGACUCCUCGAUGCCAGUGGCCUCCGUGGAGUCGCCGGCCACACCGGCACCCUCGCCGCAUCCGAACUCGGCGCACUCGCAACCGACCUCGGUGCCACCUCCGGAGCAAAUGCUCAACAUGAGUCCAAAUGCACCCACUUCUGUUUCGAAUCUGCAGCAGCCACCGACGCCCAUCGACCACCUGCUGGACAAGAACACCCCGGCGCCCACGCCCACGGACCAGCACGACAGCAAGAGCAUCACCGCCUCGCCCUACGUGCACCAGACGCCCAGCGUGGAGCCGCCCUCCUACACGGACCACGCGUCAGGUGGCGGAACCGCAGGAAGUGGGUCAGGCGGAGGGGCAGCUGGUACAGGACCCGGCAGUGUGCCUGCCCAGCAGCCGGCUACACCGACAGUAGGGGGCGGAGCAGCUGCAGUUCCAUCGGCGGGUGCUGGAUCAGCGUCCGGUGGGGCAGGAGGUGUGGGCACCAUCAGCGUGAAGAAGCUGGAGAUGCAGCAGAAGCAGCAACAGCCGCCUCUGUCGGCGGCGAUGGCCAUCAAACAGGAGCCGGGAUUGGCGGCGGAGCGAGGCGUCGGAGGGGCUAGUGGAGGCGGUACCAGCUCCACCGCGGAAGCCAUCCAGAACUUGCUGAGCCUGUACAAGCCGCCGCAGCUGACGCUCAAGGACGAGGACAGCUACUACGACGAGGACUGGCUGAAGGAGCUCUACAACUUUCAGGUCCAGGAGAACUGGGACUACCUGCCCGUGAAGCGUCCAAAGCUGGAGGAUUCCAACAAGCAGCGCCGGCCGCGGUAUGCCAAGGACCUGUACGAGGGGCAUACCCACGUGAAGCCGCUGAUGCCUUCGCCCGGAUCCGUGUAUGGCUCCCAGUUGCUCUCCCUGGAAGUCCAAUCCAAUUCGGCGGGAGGAGGAGCAGGCAGUGGGACCGGUGGUUCCAGUGGCGGGUUGGUGGGAAUCGCCAACAGCAAUGCCAACGGAAGUGAUGCCGAAAACGAGAGCGGGAACAGCUUUUUUCAAGGGCUGGACAUCAAGACGGAGCCAGGACUCCAUUCGCCCACGAAAACGUCCAGCGGCGGAGGAGGCGGCAGUGGCGGCGGUGGGAGUGGCGGCAACUUGUUCACGGCCGAGGGCCUGAACCCGUCGCUGAACGACCUGGAGCAGCUGUUCGAGACGAGUUCGAACGACGAGUGCAGCAGCGUCCAGAUCCAUACGCCGCCGGACUCCAACAAUCCCUCCAACGGGGGCUGCAGCACGGUCACGAAUACGAUCGAUGAACUGAAGCGGAGCACGGCGAUCUCGACGAACGCCCUGGUGGCAGCGGCGGCUGCGGCCGCGGCGGGCAACAUCCAGGCGGAGGACCUCACCAAGAUGUUUCCGACGCCGCCGUCCCACGAGCAACAGCACCCCAACUCCAGUCCCUGCCAAACGGAUGUGGUGAUGACGGAUCUCAGCGUGGACACGAGCACCAGCUGCAUCAGCAGCAGUGCCUGCAUAACCAGUAGCAACACCACCAUUGUCAGCAACAGCAAUGUCACCAUCAACUCCACCACCACCACCAGCAGUAUUAUCCUGGCGGCCAUCCAAGCGCCCGUCGCGGUGGUGAACGUCAAUGUCACCAAGCUGGUGAAGCAAGAGUACAACCUGGAGCUGGGCAGUCCCGUGGAAGAGGCUAUCGAUAACUGGAACUACGUCUACCGGCCGCCCCAGCAGGAGAAGUUCGUUGGCGCCUCCAAGUAUGCUCCUUUAACGAACCUGCCCAGCCAAGCCCUUCCGCCUCUGAACAUACCAGCGGGAUGCUUCUACCAGCCCACCUGGAGCAGUCACAAGUCCAGGGCAGCGACCUUGGCCAAGGCGGCGGCGGCGCAGAAGCAGCAGCACCAGAAACAUCAGGCCCUCCAGCAACGCAUCCAGCUGCAUCAGCAGAAGCUCCAGCAGCACCAGCACCAGAACCACCAACAGCAGCAGCAACAGCAGCAGAAGCACCAGCACCAGCAGCUGCACGAACUACUGUCGGCGGCUCCGAGGACUCCGAUGACGCCCACGGUGCCCCAGCCCCUGAGCAGCGGUGGCAGCCAGCUGCUGCUCAACCAGCUGAACUGCCCGCAGGCGCCGCCCGGCAGCUCCAUGCAGCAGAUGAUGCGGGCGGGCAUGUCGCCAAUUUCCCCGGGACCCGGCGUGGUGCCCUUCCCCCGCAGCAGUCCGAUGAUGCGACAGACGCCCACACACCCGCCGCCUCCAUAUCCCUACGAACUGGCGGUGGCCAGUCCCGCCACCUCCACGUCCUCGUACUUGAAUCGUCCCCUCCACUCCCAUGAGCACCAGGGCAUGGGCGGUGGCGGAAUGGGAGCCGCCGGAAUGGGCGCCCCAGGUGGUGGCAUGAGCAUGAUGCCUUAUACUGGCGAUGCUGGCAUUUCCAGUGGCAACUCAGCCGCGGCCGUGGCCUCCAGCCUGCUCCAGGAGCUGCCCGAGGUGAACUCCGUGCUGGUGAACAUCCUGCUCUACGACACCGCGUUGAACGUCUUCCGGGAUCACAAUUUCGACAGCAGCAGUGUGUGUGUGUGCAAUGCGGAUACGCAGAAGAUUGGCAACAUCCGGGGCGCAGAUUCGGGUGUCUAUGUUCCCCUGCCCGGCGCCAGCUUUAAUCCGUUUCCGGCGGGCGGAGGACAGCGCCUCCUCAAUGGUCCGGCUGCCUCGUUUGGCGGCCUGCGGAUGAUCAGUGCCUUUGGAGGCUCACCCGCCUCCGCUUCGAUGCCCGGAGCUGGCUCCGGACACGGUCACGGGCCGAACGGUGGCUCGAAUUCGUCCUCCUGCACGCCGCCCAGCAGCAAUCCCCACAUCACCGGCUACGUGGACGACGAUCCCGUCGACUGCACCUGUGGCUUCAGUGCGGUGGUCAACCGGAGGCUCUCGCACCGAGCCGGCUUGUUCUACGAGGAUGAGGUGGAGAUCACGGGCAUAGCCGAUGACCCGGGACGGAACAAGCAGCCCACCCUGCUCAGUAUCAUCCAAAGCCUGUGCCGGAAGAAUCAAAUCAAACAGGCGCCGGGAGAAACGAGCUCUGCCCUGGACAAGGCAGGAUCGGGCGGAGGAGCUGGGGCCACGGCCGGACAACUGGAGCACCUGGCCCACGCCAUCUUCGACCUGCUGCUGGACCAGUGCUCGAUUAUCCAGACGUCGAGCAGCUCGGUGCACCGUGCCCUGCAGUCCCAUCGCCGACGGAUGUCCCGGCACAGGAGGAUCUUCGGCACGAAUGGAGCACCCACCGCCUCGAGGGCGUCGAUAGCCAACGUCCUGGAGUUCAUAGACGCCCAUGACGUGGUUAGCCUGGCGCUAGAGCAGGCACGACUGGCGUUCGAGAACAACAUGAACAACAUGGACUUCCACGGCAACGGGAGCAGCACAUUCCAGGCAUUCCACGCCCCACCGCCCGCCCUACGCCACAAGCUGGCGGGGAUUGGCGGCGGCCGGCUGACGGUGCACAAGUGGCCUUACCUGCCAGUCGGCUUCACGAGGAGCAACAAGGAGAUUGUGCGAACCAUGAACGCGAUCCAGCCGAUGCUGCAGAGUGCCUUCCACUGCAAGUCGCGGGGUGGAGCCGCCGGCUCGAAGGACGCCAGCUCCUACAACACGGUCAGUGGUCCGCUGACGUGGCGGCAGUUCCACCGGCUGGCGGGUCGCGCCUCCGGGCAGUGUGAACCGCAGCCGAUUCCCUCGGUGAUCGUCGGCUACGAAAAGGAUUGGAUUUCCGUGGCGCCCCACUCCAUUCACUACUGGGACAAGUUCCUCCUGGAGCCCUACUCCUACGCCCGGGACGUGGUCUACGUGGUGGUGUGUCCGGACAACGAUCAUGUGGCCAACUCCACGCGGACCUACUUCCGUGAGCUGAGCAGCACCUACGAGAUGUGCAAGCUGGGCCGGCACACGCCGAUCCGGGGCUGGGACGGAAUCCUCCAGGUGGGCGCUGCUAGAAACGCCGCCGCCGCAGACCGGGAAACGACUCCCUUGGACGAGUGGCUGCGGACUCUGGAGCACGCCGCCCUGGCCGAGCAGAUCCGCCGAUACGCGGUGGCCUUCAUCCACCAGUUGGCUCCCUAUCUGAGUCGAGUGCCCAACGACAAGACGCUCCUCAAUCCCCCGGAUGGUACUGGCAACUCUGGCAACACCAAGGGUGGCAGCUCCUCCACGCCCAACUUGUCUACGGCGACGGGCUUGCCUGGCGGAGAUUUGUCCACCGACAACAUCAAGCUGGAACCGGGAACCGAGCCCGCGCCAGUGGAAGCCAACGUGGAGGUGAAACAGGAGCCGGGAACGGGAAAACCGGGAGCGGCAGGAGCCGACACGAAACCGGCUCUGAUCCUGGGCGAUCCUCUGGGCGUGGGCGAGACCCUGGAGGACAUCAACCCGCCAGCCAUCGUCCUCUAUGUGGUGAACCCCUUCACCUUUGGCUCCGACAGCUGCGAACUGGAGCGUCUGGCUCUGAUCGCCCUGCUGCGGUGCUACGCGGAGCUGCUGAAGGCCGUGCCCGACUCCGUGCGCUCCCAGAUGAACAUCCAGAUCAUAUCGCUGGAGUCCGUGAUGGAGCUGGGACCGUGUGGCAACCGCAAACGCUUCUCGGACGAGAUCAAGUGCCUGGCCCUGAAUAUAUUCUCGCAGUGCCGACGCCACCUGGUUCACGCGCAGUCGGUGAAGAGUCUGACGGGCUUUGGCACGGCCGCCAACAUGGAGGCAUUCCUGAAGACCAAGGACGAACCGAAUCGCAGGGCCUACAAGAUGUACACCGCUCCGUUCGUUCUGGCGCCGAUGCACGAGCGGAACGACAAGACGGACUUCUCCCGAUCGGCGGGCAGCAUGCACGGCCAGAACGAGCAUCGCUACUCGGUGAUGUACUGCAACUACUGCCUCAGCGAGGAUCAGGCCUGGCUCCUGGCCACGGCCACCGACGAGCGGGGCGAGCUCCUGGAGAAGAUCUGCAUCAACAUCGAUGUGCCGAACAGGGCGAGGAGGCGAAAGGCACCGGCACGCUAUGUGGCGUUGAAGAAACUGAUGGACUUCAUCAUGGGCCUCAUUUCGCAGACGUCCCAGAUGUGGCGAUUGGUGAUCGGACGCAUUGGGAGGAUCGGGCACAGUGAGCUGAAGUCCUGGAGCUAUUUGCUGAGCAAACAGCAGCUGCAGAAGGCCUCCAAGCAGUUCAAGGACAUGUGCAAGCAGUGCACCCUCAUGUAUCCACCGACGAUCCUGAGUGCCUGCCUGGUGACCCUCGAGCCGGAUGCCAAGCUGCGCGUAAUGCCCGACCAGUUUACGCCGGACGAGCGCUUCUCCCAGAUCUCCAUGCAGAAUCCGCUCUCAACGCCGCAGGAUGUAACCUGCACCCACAUCCUGGUGUUUCCCACAAGCGCCGUAUGUGCGCCCUUUACGAGGCAGUUCCAGAACGAACCGCCGGUGGAGGACGACUUCCCCAACUUCGAAGAGGACGACAACGAGGACUUCUGCGAAGCGGACAUGAACGAUCUCUUCUGGGACAGUCACUUGGACAAAACCUCGAAUCACGGCAGUCCCGGACGCAUGGAUGACAAUCGCAGCUGGCAGAGCGCCGGCGGCAACAACUUCAAGUGCACGCCGCCCCAGGAAGUGGAGGAGGUUGGAUCACUUAACCAGCAACCGAUAUCCGUCGGAUAUAUGGUAUCGACGGCGCCUACGGGCCGGAUGCCCGCCUGGUUUUGGUCAGCCUGUCCGCAUCUGGAGGACGUGUGCCCAGUGUUCCUGAAGACCGCUCUCCACCUGCAUGUGCCCAGCAUUCAGACCACCGACGACAUCCUUAACUCGACCAACGCCCAUCAGUCGGCCAACGACCAUCCGCUGGACUCGAUCUUGACGGCGGAUGUGCUACGUUUCGUCCUCGAGGGAUAUAAUGCCCUAUCGUGGCUGGCCCUCGACUCCAAUACUCACGAUCGCCUCUCGUGCCUGCCGAUCAACGUCCAGACACUGAUGGAUCUGUACUAUCUGACGGCUGCCAUAGCCUAAGGAUCUCGUCAGGAUCUCGUUAGGAUCUCGUCAGGAUCUCAUUCAAAAUCCAAUCAAUCAAACGCAGUCGCAUGCUUCCGAUGCUUCCGGCAGAACUUCCACUAGCUAUAUCAAAACUCAAACCCAAACACUAAACAGGAACUACAUAUAUUAUAGAUAUAUAGAACCGAAUCAACACCAAGCAACCAAGAAUCGAAGUUAACAAAAUCCAAAAAAAAAGCAUAAAAAACUAUAUUAAAAAAAUAGGAAACAAAACCAAUAGGAAGAACACCAAGAACAACAGCAAUAGCAGGAGUAAAACGAAACAUCAACGCACAGAUUACUUAGUAUAAUGAUUUAAAACUAAAGCAGAACUAAAGAAAAGCUAAGCCAGAGAGGGGUGGGCGGCGGAGAUAACUUUUAUCGUUUAUCGAUAAACAACAGCAUUACUAUUUAUUAACUGUCGAGGAUUUAAAAAAAACAAAAAGUGUCAAGUGCAAGAAUUGUUUGUUUUAACUUUUAUUUUUUUAUACCAUUUAUACAUAGGCUGGCGUUCGAUUUAGUGUUUAAUAUUUAUACAUAUACAAAAUGAUGAUAGGAUGAGAUAGAGAACGAAUGAGUGUAAUAGCAAAAGAAAGUUAAAAAAAAAAAGCAAAACAAACAAAACAAAUCACACACACACACACACGUUUAGGCAUAUAUUAUAUUAUAUACAUAUAGAGCAUAUACAAUACGCAACAUAUAUAGGCUAAGUAUGAAAGUUUGUACAUAUUUACAACCAAUUAAUUAAGCAGAAACGGCAACAAAGCAAAAACAGAAAGUGUAAUUAUACAAUUAGUGUUAGUUUACAACCAAUUGGAGGAUGGAGGAUGAAGAGUCUAACAAGAGACGGAGGCCCUAUUUAAAUCUAAUAAAUUAAAUCAAUAAAAUGUGUAAAUUUUUUGUGCAAAGCGAGAGUUAGUUUAAAUUUAAAUUAUAUACAAAAAGAGAAAUUGUAAAAAAUCAGCUCCUAUCCACACCAACCCUACAUAUACCCCACAAACAUAUAUAAAUAACUGAAAACGGUAUACUGUAAAUUGCAUAUAAAAAAAAAACAUUUAAAAAAAAACUAUAUAUAUCUGGACGCAAAGCGCAGAUCAAGAAUGGGAGGAGUAGACACUUAGGAGUAGUAGAGUUUUAGGAAGAGCGUUAGGAACAGUUUUUUAAAAAAUUAUUUGUGUAUUUCAUGUGUUGUUUCGUUUUGUUUGUUGUCUUGUAUUAUUGUCUUGUAAUUGUAGGGCAACUUUUUUGUACUUCACUGGAGGAACACACACACACACAACUC